CGUUCUUGUUUCUUGUUUCGGCUGACGAGCGGCGUUUUGACAGAGAUUUGUUCUGUUUUUCGUUUCUGGGUCCUUUUCCUUUUGUCAUUUGCUAAUUUGGCGAAGUUGGGUUUUUCCGGAAUCGGUAGUUUGAAAGCUGGGAAAAUCUCGUGGAGAAUCGAAAAGGCCUCGCUGGGUCAGCACGCGUCUUCGCUUCUGAUCGCUUCGAGAAAAUGCUCAGUAAAAUGUAGUUAGUUGGAGAUUGUUCUGAUAACGCUGCAGCACUUGCAGAAGUAACCGCUUGUUUAAUGUUUGAAAAGGUCCGUACUUGCAGAAUAUCCAAUUAUUAGUUUCCGCCAAUUACAAUGGGAGGCGUAUUAGGAAAAGGUGAUUCGCCUAAAAAGGCAUGGGUACCUGAGACGAAACUUGAGGCUAAGAUGGUCGAAGCUAUGCAGAUGAGGGCAUCUGGAGGUAGUACGAUGAAGUCGUUCAACAGCAUAAUUCUGAAGUUUCCCAAAAUCGACAAAAGCUUUCGAAAAUGCAAAAGUAUAUUUGAACAGUUCGAUGAGGAUUCAAACAAUGUAAUAGACAAGGAAGAGCUGAGGCAUUGCUUUAAUAAGCUGGAGAUUUCUUUUUCGGAGGAGGAGAUCAACGAUCUUUUCGAGGCAUGUGACAUCAACGAUGACAUGGGGAUAAAGUUCAAUGAGUUCAUCGUUCUUCUCUGCCUUGUACAUCUUCUCAAGGACGAUCCUGCUGCCCAGCUUGCCAAAUUGAAGAUGGGAAUGCAAGACCUGGAAACCACAUUCGAGACAUUAGUGGAUGCAUUUGUGUUCUUGGAUAAGAACAAGGAUGGACAUGUCAGCAAGAGCGAGAUGGUUGAUGCCAUAAACGAAACUGCAUGCGGGGAGCGCUCUUCUGGACAAAUUGCAAUGAAAAGAUUUGAAGAGAUGGACUGGGAUAAGAAUGGGAUGGUGAACUUCAAAGAAUUUCUAUUUGCCUUCACCCGUUGGGUUGGCAUAGAUGAUAUGGAUGACGAAGACAAUGAUGAAGCCGGUGAAGAGAAGGUCUGAGUCGUGCAGCUUCAAUAUCCCGUGAUGUAGAAAGCUUGCCAAACGGAUGAGGGUGAUCGCGUGGCGACUAAUGGUUUUUACAAUAAUCUUUGAGAUGAUUCAUGAAUCGCGAGUGUGUGAUUCAGAGUGUAUAAUCUUGAGAGAUAUGACUAGACGCAUUUCUGGUGUAGCCGAUAAGAACUGCGUUGAGCCUUUGCAGCAUCCGAUUAUAAUCAUGUACUUCCUCAUUCUCCUCUCCUUUUAUUGCAAAGAAGCAUUCUCAA